UUAGGUGUCAUAUAAUAGAAGUAAACGUCUAGGUGCUAGAUUGUACAUUUGUGUUUGGUAAUAAAAUUUGUGAUUUUAUGUAAGACAACAAGUUAAAUGUGUGACUUAUCGAAUCAAUAAUGCACUUAUUAUAACUAAAAAAUAUAGAAAACCUGGUGACUUUUUACACUAAUUCAAACACAUAAACAUCCGAAUACAUUUUGAACCGAUAGACCGUGAACGCAUCCUUAGUCCGGGCCAGGGGGCGUAGGUUUGACCGGCUUCUCGGAGGCUCAGACACAAUGAACCGUCAGACAGUGAGGGGCACGCAUGUUGGGCUGGAGGUAUUAGCACGGUUUUAGCACAUUAUUACUCCCAAAUUGUGCCUUUUCUUUGAUUUACUUGACAUUUUUGAAACUGUUGAUACACUGUAUGGCGGUAACAAGGCUCAGUUGGGAACGGUUGCGUCGUCGAGUUUGACGAAAACGAGGUCGGGAUCAGACUAACGUUAGCCCCUCCUGGCGGAUUUUUUUCGUUAUUUUAAGGCUAAACUAACUAAAACUAGACAGAUAACAAUGUCGUGGACUGCUUCAUCUGAUUAUUUCGCUGCCGAGUGUCUGGUAUCGAUAUCUAGCGGUCCUGUGCUGCACAGACCCACCCCGGUCGCCCCCGCCAGCCAGUCGGCCACGGUGGGCCUGCUCCCCGGGGAGCCCGACGGGUCGAGCGAGGACAGGGAGGUGCGGGAGACUCUGCGGCUGGAGGGGGCGAACAUGAUGGCGGUGGCCGGUAUCCUCACCGACCUGCACGGCAAGUUCCGCCCGAUGUCGGCCUACUCGGAGAGCAGCAACUCCUCGUGUGGUGGGGAGAGCGGUUACACCACGUUGUCCGACCCGACUACCCCAACCAUGACCCCCUCCGCCACCCCGGUCCCCGGACAGCAGCAGCAACAGCAGCAGCUGAGGGGGGGAGGAGGAGGAGGAGGAGGCGUGGGGGCCCCGCGGUCCCCGGUGAAGCGACAUCAGUGCACGUUUGACGGAUGCGACAGAGUUUACGGGAAGUCGUCCCACCUGAAGGCGCACAUCCGGACACACACAGGUGAGAGGCCUUUCCCAUGCACCUGGCCCGACUGUGAGAAGAAGUUCGCCCGCUCCGAUGAGCUGGCCCGUCACACCCGCACCCACACAGGGGAGAAACGCUUCCUGUGCCCAUUGUGCGAUAAACGCUUCAUGCGAAGUGACCAUCUGAUUAAGCACGCCCGCCGCCAUCCUGACUUCCAGCCCUCCAUGUUGGGACGCAGCAAGGGCACAUCCUCCUCUCCCAGCCCAGCCAUACACCAUUAAGAUGGUCUGGCUCGGGGGGCAGGGUUUCCUGCGUACUGGGGUCGACAGGAGCACAGAAGGUCAUAGUGGUUUCAAGUUAACCAGCUACAAUCAGAUCCACUGAUUAGGAUUUAGCAUUGCUGUGUUGUACUCUACAAUGUGCACAUACACACACGUACACAAGCCAACACACACAGAGCUGGAUGUGAGGGGGAAGUAGCCUCAUCUCUCCAUCCACACAGAUGAGUCAUGUGACCACUAUCCACCUGCUCAACAUAACUAGGGUUGGGUACUGAAAACCGGUACUGAAUUGGAACCGGCUCCGAAUCCAUAAGAACUGCGGAUUUGAUAAGAAAUGUGCUUUUCGAUUCCACUUAUCGAUUCCUGAAUGUAAGGUUUGGAUGUAUUGCACUUCCAUUUAACAUCAACAAUUACACGUGUAUCAAAGCGCGUGUGAAGUGUUUACAAUAUGGCGGAUUGGACCUAGCUUUCUAAAGUAUGGCUAAGCUUCACAAAAAAAUAGUAAUAAUACAGUGAAAUGUAAUCACUGCAUCAGUAAAUAUGCGUCAGGGAGGAAAGUCUGGCUAACUUGGCAAUAUAUUUACUACAGAAUGGUAUUAUAAUGCAGUAUUUUUAUGUCCAAGGUCUGAAAAUUUCUUUACAGAUAAAAUAACCAGUCUGUUUUUGGUAAAUCUGCUGAAUGAAAUACCUGACAAACAAAGGUAUUUCACCACAUUGAUGUAAAAGUCCUGUAAAACCAAUAUUGCCGUAAAGCAGUCCUGCUCACUGAUUUGAAACGAUGCCUAAUACAACCACGUAUAAGGCCAGAGAGCGAAAACGAAUGUAAAACGGCAUCCAUUCUUCUUUUAAAUGACACAACAGAGAAUAUUAAUAUUUUUCUUUAUCUUAUAACCAAAAAGAAUUGCAGCAUACCUUGUCAUUUGUGACAGAUGUUUACAGUAGAACAAAUCUACUGAAAAUAAAUGUGGUUUUUGUUUUCAACACAUUUUGGUUUCUGUUCUCACUCAGGAUUCGAUAAGAGUUGGAAUCAACAAGCAGAUUUGAAUUGAUAAAACUGACCCAACCCUAAACAUAACCUCGUUUUCUCAAACUGAAAACACUUUCACAAAUUGCAGGGAUUUUUCACGUUUUCUGUAAAAAUCAGCACACCCAUCAUCAGCCAAAACUCCUCAGUUCUUGUGGUUAAUUUGUAGAUUGUUGUUGAGUACCAUUUAUUUACCAUGAGUAGCACAAUAUUGUGAUGUUAGGUAGCGAGGCAGUGACUAGAAGCUUUUUUUUAGCUUUCUUUGGUUUUUUUUUUUUUUUUUUAGCUUUGCAGAUUCCAUAUUCUUCAAGUUUUAGUGGUGACACAUUCCUUCAUUUUUUUAUUGCAUUAGUAAACAUCAUCAUUGAGGCGAUAUUUGUCGAUUUUUUUCUUGUAUAUCCAAUAUAACUAUAGAUCAAAUAUUAAUUUUGCCAGAAAGUGGAUCAAGCUUCACUGUAGAAGAGCUGUUUGCACGCCAUCCUUAAGUCUAGAUCAGUUAUCACUCAUGAAAUGCUGACAUAUAAUACACAGUACUAUUAUGUCUAAUACUGAUGCAAAUGUAUAUAAGCUUUAAGCUUUUAAUGUAGAGAAAAAUCGUAAUGCUACUAGCAGCAGAAUUAAUACUGAAUUGUAGUCCUUAUAUUAGGGGUAACAGUAUACGCUUGAUAGGAUGGCAUUGCCUGUGAGUGUCGGUGUGUAUGUUUGUUUUUUUUAGUAUGCGUUUUUGUUAGCGACAGAACUUGGAAAAGUGUGUAUGUGAUAUCAAAAAUAUUUGGGGGAAAAAAAGAUGACACAAGCUUGAUUUUCAGCCUGCUGCCUUCAGAGUAAAAACUCGCUCACUCUUCAGGGGUGUGGAGCUUGACAGCAGAGCGCAUUUCAGCAUCUUUUACACAGUUUCAGCAGCAGAGAAACCAGAGUCUUACAUGAAGCGUUCAUGUGAUAGUGCUGAGUAAUAAAAAUAAUUCCAAUUAUAUCAAUCAUAAUCAUUAUGGGUAAAAAUAUUCGAGUAAACAGAACAUUGUCAGCCUGCUGCUAUUCAUGAAAGCUAAUACCAGUGGACAUUUUAUUUUAGUGGAUAUUUAUGACCUUUUGUAGCAGGAAAAACAGGUGUAACUAAUAACAUUAACGAUGGUUGUAUUCUAUGUUGGCGUGUCAUUGAACCAACAUGCACAAUAUCAGGCCGCUGUCACUCCUAAGUAGAACGCAGCCAUUAAUAAUGUUAUUAGUUAAACCUGUGUGAAAAUCAAAACGUCUGCUGUGAUAAAUAUGUCACUAUUUUGGUGGAAGUUUUGAACAUUUCAGCAAUCUGGCACCCAAAUAUUCCUAUCUUGCCAGAAAAAAAAAGUAACAGUCAUGUAUUUCAGGAAGAAUCACUCAAAAAGAUAACAUUGAAAUCAAGCAAACCUCAAGUAAUUUAGAUAUUUAACAUCUAUUCGAGUACAUACAGUAUCCAGGUCUGAUUCUAGAGAGGUUGAAUCUUUUUUUUUAAUGUUUCCACACUGUUUGUCCAGCUCAUGGACAUAUUCCUUUAUCUCAGUGAACAACACUUCUUCAGGAAACUCUGAAAGCCUUAAACUAUGUCAUAACUACUUUGCACCAUGUUUACAGUUGGAUCAUUGUAUAGGUAUAUAUGGAGCCUCUUGCAGGCUCAUUACAGAUACUCAUUAUGCAAUAUGGCACUUUUUUCUUACAGGUGUAUUCGGCUAAAUAGUGUAAUGGCUUGCACUGUUACUAUACUUCUCCAAGUGAGCACUGUGGAACUUUGCUAAUGUGUUGAUAACCAAUGGUUUGUAAAACUGCCUUUUGUCCAAGUGCUUUAGAAAGUGUGAUAAAAAGAACUGGCUAGUUGUUGAUUUGAAUUCGUUCUUGUUGAUUUUAGUGUUUGCUUAGUCAUCCAGGCCAUCUGUUGUUGUGGAAUUUGUGUAUUUUUUUUUAUUAUUAUUAUUUUUCCAGACGGAACACAAUUCAACGCUGUUCCCACAUCUGUUGACAUUGUUUCAUCCACACUAAGAUCGAAGAGAACGACUGCAGAUGUCUUCCUCAUUUAUAUGUCAAACCACCAGUAGUCCAUCUUCAUAUAUCUUUUCACUGUUGGGUAUUUUAAUGGGAGCUGUACUCAUCCGAGUGAAUGCAAUGCUUUGAAAUUUGUACCGGUUCCUCUCCAGAGGUCUGAUCUGUUGACAGUUUUUGGUUGCUGCUGGCAGUAACCUUGAACGCAUGGACUGUUUAACAAAUGAACUCACACAAUGUACCUGUUUUCUACGUUUUCAAAUGGAAAUCUUUUCCUUCCAUCUCUUCUCACAAAUGGAAGUGUCUUCUCACACAGACUCUUUCCGGGUCUCAAAGCUAUAAUAUCACAAUAAGAACAUACCUCACACUUUUUUCCCGCGGUGUCUGUACAAAAUCCAUCCAAACCUGUCUUUCAGAAAUUCUUAUAAAGCCAUUGAGCCUUGGAUUUCAGAAAUAUGUAAUUAUCAGCUGCACCUAGAUGGUCUGUUAUGUACCCUUGUCCUUAUCUUGUCUUUAUGCAACAUCACUACUACCUGUGUAACAGAAUUCCUUUCCCCUGCCUCAAUGAAGUUCUGUUGUUAAUAGAUGGUGGUAAAUGAAUCUACUGGAUAAAUCUUGCACCAACAGCCCCUGUCUUUAAAUUCCAGCAGGACUUGGUCACCAAGGGAAAGAGUCUCUGCUGGAUGGGACAGAGGCUUUAAAAGGGGUAUUGAAAUGUAAAGCAAAAAUGUAAAGAUAUGUAAAGGUUGUCACUUCACUGCAGAUAUCGAUUGAAAGAGCUCAGUCCAAAUCUAUUUGUUCAUAUCACUGAAUGUGGCUUGAUGACAGACGAGCAUUAUCCACUUUGGAUUUAAUUUUUAUUGCGCUGCCUCGCUGAGAAAAAUGGCGAUAAUUUCUCUUGUCACCACACUAAUUCAGAUAUGCACAUUGUACAGAAACGGAUGUUUUUUAAAUUGAUGCCUAAUUUUUACAUUAAUGUAAUUUUUUAAUCCUCUUAUCAAAGCUUUAGUUAAGGAAAAUAGGAGGAACUGUGGAACUAAAUAAUUGCUGCAACAAGCUGUUUUGAUAUUUAUAUUCUCAGGUGUCUUAAAUUUUGAGCAUUGGGAGUUUCAAUAUUUCCUGUGCAACACCGAAGUACAAGCAUGUUUUAUUUUCUUUUGUUAUGCUGAUUAAUUUAUUACAAAAAAACGUAUCAUUUGUGUGGUUUAAUUAUUCUUUUCAUAACUCAUUUUGUGAUAUGGAACAGUACUAAUAUUAAAUGGUUCCAUUGUUUGCUUGACAUGAAAAUACCAGUGCUUUUUGAAAAAUAAAAAUCCUUAAGUUGG